AAACAAUGGUGGAACGCUGAGAUUUGUGAGGAAAGCCAACGUUACACCAUACCCUAGUACAUUCGAUUUAGUUUUAAAUAGUGCCUCUAUUGCGCCCAAUCAUGGCCAAUAAUAAUAUAAUCUUUACACCCUUUUUACCACUGAAGAAGAAACCCGAUCGAGAUUCUGAGUGGAGAAAAUUAAAGGACAAAUCCAGAAAUCGGAUUAAUAUCGGAGAAGCUUUUACCAGAUGGAGGAACCUCAAGGAGGAGAAAUCUAUGCCUACAGAUGCCGAAGUUGCUUUGUUUUUGCUUGACAGGUUAGCUGCCCCCCCUCCACAACCUGCUGCCCCCCCUCCCUCCCCAGAAGAUAUCAUUGUGAACAUCGACUGCCUGCUGCAGCUGUUUCAGAGGUGUGAGCAGUGCAGGCGUGAGAGUGUGAUCCAGACGCAGGGAGACAGGACAUGCCUCUCUGUGACCCAACACUGCCAGGGCUGCAACCACCUCAGGACAUGGGCAAGCAACACAUCUACUGUCCAGACAAUGCGCAAAGGAAAUGGGGAUGAGCCACAGAAUAUUCAGGUUGACAUGCAGGUGGCCCUGCCAUCUGAGGACACAGAUGGAGCCUUGCCGUCUGAGAACCGAGAUGGGGACUUGCCAUUGGAGGACAGAGAUGAGAAUCUGGAACUGACUGGCUCUUUGGAGAUGGAGGUGACUGUAGACCAGCCACCAAGACCAGGAGGAAGUGGCAUGUCCCUGGUGAGGGGGAAAAAUGAGGGGAACAAAGGAACAGAGGAGAGAAAGAAAGUGACUAAGGUGGUGUUGGACAGUGAGCUGGACUGUGCACGAAGCCAGGAGGACAAUGGCCUGUCCUCACAGGAGAAUGAGGAAGGAGAGGAGAGAAAGGGAAAGUUCCUAGGUGGUGAACAACAGGAGAAUGGUGCUGAGCAGCAGGCCUCUAUUGAGGUGACAAUAUACUCUAUAGAGCCUGAGGACUCUGAAAGCCCAACCUCUCAGAUAGACAAAGGAGAGAAGACGGAGGUCGCUGCAGAUGGGUAUGAGGGGGAGGGUGAUGUGUGUGAGAUGGAGGGUGAAGAGACAGAUGAGGAAGAUAGACGGACAGAGAGUGACUCUGAAUUUGACCCAGAAGCUGAGGAAGAGGGACUGAGAGAGAGUGACUCUGAAUUUGACCCAGAAGAGGAGAAACCAACGAGUAGGAGAGGGAGAGGGAGAGGGAGAGGAAGGGGUAGGGGGAAAGGGAGAAGCAGAGGAAGGCAAUUGCAGCAGGCUGCAGGAGAGACUGGUUUGGAUGAGUUUGCUGAAGACUCUGAUGGAUCACCUUUAUCAUCACCCCAGAGAGACCAGCAGGACCAGGAGUCGUUCAGCGGUGCUGCUAGAGAACCGCACUCCGGGGACCUUGUCAGCAUCCGGCAGAAAUUCAAAUACUCUAAAAAACACCACAUGGUCCUCUGUCCUGAAUGUGGCGUCAUGUACACCAGCAGGCUGAAACACCAUAAGUGUGAACACAAGUUCAUGGUCCGCUGUCCAGACUGUGGGCAGGGUUGUGCGAGUGAACUGGGCCUCAAGCAGCACCGGAGGCUACACCGUCAGGACCUUAAGUUUCCCUGUAAGUUCUGCCUCCAAUCCUUCAGGACGCGGCCGGACAAGCUGACCCACGAGAAGACCCACAGAUUCAAAAGAUUAAAAGGUCACAGAUGCUACAGCUGCUCAGAGUGCCCACUGAGCUUUGACAACAUCCUCAUACGGAAUCGCCAUCUCAGAGAGCACGAGUCCAAGAGACACAUCUGUCACACAUGUUACAAGGAAUUCAACAAGGGUCACCUCCUGGAGAGGCACGCACUGUCCCACAGUGACAACAAGCCCUUCAAGUGCCAGGUGUGCCAGCGUGCCUUUGCCCAGCUCAGCCAGCUGAAGUCCCACCUGCGCGUCCACACUGGGGAGAGGCCCUUCCAAUGCCAGCGCUGCGACAAGAGCUUCAACCACAACGUCAGCCUCAAGAACCACGUCAGACGCUACCACAGCCCAGACUCAGGGCUGGACCCUGAUGGAGGCACAGAAGUUGAGGGACAGGGGGGGAGGAGGGAAACAGAUGGCAGGACUGGGCAGGAGGGAGGGGAGGUGAGAUCGAGGAAGCCUCGGCAGCAGGUAGAGCUUACCUUUAUGACUGAGUGGGAGAUGUGGGCAGGAGGAGAGGGAGCAAAGAGAGUGGAGGAGAAACCGAGGAAGAGUAAACACCAGUGCAAUGAUGAUCCUGUAUUCAUUAGUGCACACUGUAGCAAAACAUUUUUGUAACCGAAAAUGAAAACAAGUGUUUGUUAUUGGACAAGUUCAGGUACUGCCUCUCCAUUUUGGCCCGUUUGCUUCUGAUUUGUUCUUAGUGAAUUACUUUUUUUUUCAUUGAACCUUUAUUUAACUAGGCAAGUCAGUUAAGAACAAAUUCUUAUUUACAAUGACGGCCUACCCCAGCCAAACCCUAACGACACUGUGGGACUCCCAAUCAUGGCCGGUUGUGAUACAGCCUGGAAUCGAACCAGGGUCUGUAGUGAUGCCUCUAGCACUGAGAUGCAGUGCCUUAGACCGUUGCUUCACUCGGGAGUCCCAAGACUAAGAGCAGGAAACAUCUCCUGGCACUAGAAUUUGUUAUCCUCAUGUUCUGUCUUUGAAUAUAGAACUUUUUUGGAUUCCCAGAACCUGAUUGAAGAAUCUAAAAUAUAUUUAGAUUUGUUAAACUCUAUUUUGGUUACUGCAUGAUUCCAUAUGUGUUAUUUAAUAGUUUUGAUGUCUACACUAUUCUACAAUGUAGAAAAUAGUGCAAAUAAAGAAAAACCCUUUAAUUAGUAGUUGUGUCCCAACUUUUAAAUGGUAGUGUACAGUAUCAGUCAGAAGUUUGGACACACCUACACAGUUAUGGUUCAACACAUUGCACAUUAAAUGUGUAACGUUGCCCUAAAAUUAUUUUUCUGUACUCUAUAUGGUGUCAUGAUCACCACUGAUCACACCUAGUGUGUGUGAUGUUUCAUAUACGUUAAUAGCAGGUAAUGCACCAGGAUCUAGUUGACUGCACCAGUAUCAGAUUUUUCAACCCAGGUACUAGCAACAUAUGGGCCUCGAAAGUACUGCGCCCCAGCUUAACACUUUAAUCAUUAUUAAAUAUCAUAUUCCAUUAAUGUAAAGCUAAAAAUAUAUAUAAGAGAAGUCUCAGUCGGAGUUAGAUAACCAUGGAAGAAUGAAUAAGCAAAGUCGGGUAAAGUAUAAAAAGAUCAUCAUUUAACACAUGCACAGUGUCUUUUCUGGGCCUUGGCAGUCAGAUUACUGGGGAAAUUUGACGAGCAGUGCUACAUACAGUGGGGCAAAAAAGUAUUUAGUCAGCCACCAAUUGUGCAAGUUCUCCCACUUAAAAAGAUGAGAGGCCUGUAAUUUUCAUCAUAGGUACACUUCAACUAUGAGAGACAAAAUGAGAGAAAAAAAUCCAGAAAAUCACAUUGUAUUUAUUUGCAAAUUAUGGUGGAAAAUAAGUAUUUGGUCAAUAACAAAAGUUUAUCUCAAUACUUUGUUAUAUACCCUUUGUUGGCAAUGACAGAGGUCAAACGCUUUCUGUAAGUCUUCACAAGGUUUCCACACACUGUUGCUGGUAUUUUGGCCCAUUCCUCCAUGCAGAUCUCCUCUACAGCAGUGAUGUUUUGGAGCUGUUGCUGGGCAACACGGACUUUCAACUCCCUCCGAAGAUUUUGGGGUUGAGAUCUGGAGACUGGCUAGGCCACUCCAGGACUUUGGGAUCAUUGUCAUGGUGAAAGAUCCAGCCACAUUUCAUCUUCAAUGCCCUUACUGAUGGAAGGAGGUUUUCACUCAAAAUCUCACGAUACAUGGCCCCAUUUAUUCUUUCCUUUACACGGAUCAGUCUUCCUGGUCCCUUUGCAGAAAAACAGCCCCAAAGCAUGAUGUUUCCACCCCCAUGCUUCACAGUAGGUAUGGUGUUCUUUGGAUGCAACUCAGCAUUCUUUGUCCUCCAAACACGACGAGUUGAGUUUUUACCAAAAAGUUAUAUUUUGGUUUCAUCUGACCAAAUGACAUUCUCCCAAUCUUCUUCUGGAUCAUCCAAAUGCUCUCUAGCAAACUUCAGACGUGCCUGGACAUGUACUGGCUUAAGAAGGGGGACAUGUCAGGCACUGCAGGAUUUGAGUCCCUGGUGGCGUAGUGUGUUACUGAUGGUAGGCUUUGUUACUUUGGUCCCAGCUCUCUGCAGGUCAUUCACUAGGUCCCCCCCGUGUGGUUCUGGGAUUUUUGCUCACCGUUCUUGUGAUCAUUUUGCGUGGAACCCCAGAUCGAGGGAGAUUAUCAGUGGUCUUGUAUGUCUUCCAUUUCAUAAUAAUUGCUCCCACAGUUGAUUUCUUCAAACCAAGCUGCUUACCUAUUGCAGAUUGUCUUCCCAGCCUGGUGCAGGUCUACAAUUUUGUUUCUGGUGUCCUUUGACAGCUCUUUGGUCUUGGCCAUAGUGGAGUUUGGAGUGUGACUGUUUGAGGUUGUGGACAGGUGUCUUUUAUACUGAUAACAAGUUCAAACAGGUGCCAUUAAUACAGGUAAUGAGGGGAGGACAGAGGAGCCUCUUAAAGAAGAAGUUACAGGUCUGUGAGAGCCAGAAAUCUUGCUUGUUUGUAGGUGAUUUGCAAAUAAAUUUUCAUUUGCAAAUAAAUUCAUUAAAAAUCCUACAAUGUGAUUUUCGGGAUUUUUUUUUUCUCAUUUUGUCUGUCAUA